UCAGUGUCAUGGUCACCUGCUUGAGCUUUGAGUCGAGGGAGGAGGGGGCUGGGGGAGAUAUCCCUCUCCAAAACUCUGAAUCUGUGUCUGCAGUACACAUUUCAAACCCUCUGUGUCUGUUACAAUACAUACACAUACAUUUAAAUAGUUUAUUUUCACGUAAAAUACACGCUGUGCAAAUAAUUUAUAGAAACAACCACUUUCUGUCAUUUCUUUUCCACUCUGCAGAAUGACUGCGAGGACUUUGGAGACCACAGCACACAGCGUGGCGCCAUCUCUGAGAGUCUACAUGCCCCUGGCUCCUCUCACAUGUCCAGUCACAGCGAGGAACUGCGGACCCUGGGCAUCCAUGGAGAAGGGGAGGGCUCACUGGCGGUGGACGGCCGUGACGCCCUCUUCACUGCGUCCGAAGUGGAGGCCCUGAGCCCGCUGUCUGCGGACCACAGCGUGACCAAGAGCCUGGAGCGUGGCGAGCAGUUGGUCUGCUGCGAGGAGCUGACUGUGCAGCAGCAGACCCCAGACACCAUUUUAAUCAAGGAUGAAGAGGAUAUUGGUGGAGCCAUGCCCGCUCUAGAAGACUGCGAUGACUUUGAAGACCGCAGCACAAAGCGCGGCGCCACCUCGGAUAGUCUGCAUGUGGACGCCCCUGGCUCCUCCCACAUGUCAGGUCACAGCGAGGAGCUGCGGAUCCUGAGCGUCGCUGGAAAAGGGGAGGGCCCACUGGCGGUGGACGGCCAUGAUACCCUGUUCAGCGCGUCCGAUCUAGAGGCCCGAAACUUGCUCCCCGCGGACCACAGCGUGGCCAAGAGCCUGGAGCGCGGCGAGUGGCUCGUCCACCUUGAGGAGCUGACUGAGCAUCAGAGCGGCCGCAAGGGCCGGCCCUGUGUCUUGUUUGGCAAAGGUUUUCCCGACAAUACCAAGAAGACCAUCCCAAUGAUUACCCACACCGGCGAGAAGCCAUACGGGUGCUACCAAUGCACGAAGCGCUUCCAAAAGAAAGCCAAUCUGAAGGCCCACAUGAGGAUUCACUCGGGGGAGAAGCCCUACAGCUGUGACCAAUGCAUGAGGCGCUUCGGACGGAGCUCCCACCUGAAGCGCCACAUGAGCACUCACUCCCUACAGGUGAAGCCCUACAGGUGUGACCAAUGCAUGAAGAGCUUCGGUACCAGCUCUCACCUGAAGGUCCACUUGAGGAUUCACUCCGGGGAGAAGCCCUACAGGUGUAACCAAUGCAUGAAGAGCUUCAUUGUAGGCUCUCAGCUGAAGAUCCACAUCAGGACUCACUCCGGGGAGAAGCCCUGCGUGUGUCUGCAGUGCAACGCCAGCUUCGGCGACCCUAGCCAUUUGGCUAGGCACAUGCUCAAGCACAGAGGCAAUGAGGUGCUUUGACACGGAGCAAGGGGACGCUUUGAUUGACACCUCUAUCUUGUAUCGGUUGAAAUGACUGCUGUAGUUUUUUUUUUUUUUAACGCUUUCCAACUUUUGAUUCGCUUUAUGCUUUCAUUGUUGUAAAUAAUUGAUGUAUGUGUGAUGAAGAAUAUUUUGAUCAUGCGAAGCGCAUACAGAUUCAGUAGGACAAUGAGUGACCAUGAUUCUUUCACAUCGUGGGUUAAUACAAAUUUUGACUGUAUAAAUAUAUGUGCUCCAUAGUCACCAUAAGUAUUUAGCCAAUGGGAUGUCCCUGAAUGAGCAUGUGACAUAGAGGCGAGUUCACCAAGCUUCCGAAAGAGCUGUGAACCUAUGCAGUCCAGACAGCUGCUAUAGUGAGGAACGGACUGCACAAAGCAGACCCUUACUUACGGCUGAAAGGGAAACAACCUUGACCAGGAUGCAAUAGUUUGGUUCAGAGUGCUAUGCUCACAAACAGGACAAGAAAAUUAGACUCAAGGUAUGAAAAGUGAUUUUUUUGUCUGCUAUGACAAGAACAGUUCAGCCUAUAUGGUUUGAAAAGUGCAGAAGCAUAGACUGGUGAAGUUUGUCAACCAAACAAACACAGAGCGGCAGACACAGCGACUGACAUGGCAGCUGUCGAUGAUGAUUCUGAUCUGCAGAAUAGAACUUACUAUACCAGGAAAAAUACUGAUGUGAGUCGAGCCCAUACACAGGACAACGUGCCAGUUACUAUGCCUGAAGUACACAGCCAGACACAGACACUUGAGCACAAGCGUUACCCUUCAAGAGAGAGGAAGAAACCAGAUUACUUAAGUGAAUAUGUGUCUGGCGAUAAUGAGAGUGAUGAUCAAGUACCCACUAACAGAUUAUUGCUAAAGAGUAGUGACUAACAUACACUUACAUUCAGAGAAGCUGUAACCUCACAUCACUCAAAAUAAUGGGUUAAUGCGAUGGAUGAGGAGAUACAAUCAUUAAAAGAAAAUGAAACAUUUACCCUAACACACUUGCCAGAGGACAAUCCAGAUGAAUCAGAAAAAUGCAAGGCACGCUAUGUAGCCAAAAGAUACAGUCAGAGGGUUGGUGUGGAUUAUGAGACUUUCUCCUACUGCUAACCUGACUAGUAUCAGAGUCUUGAUGCAAAAUGCAAGAAAACUUGAUCUUACGUCAGAUGGAUGUCAAGACAGCCUACCUACAUGCACCAAUAUAUUUUGACAUUUAUAUGGAACAGCCGGAAGGUUAUGAGGUGAAAUCUGGCACAGAUACAAAGUUGGUAUGCAGGCUGAAGAAGUCGCUGUAGGGACUAAAACAAUCAGGCGGAAAUUGGAACAAGGUACUGCACGAGUUUUUCAGAUAAAACAACUUUGUGCAAAAUCCAAACACAAAUGACAGACGCAGUACCACAGGGUGUUGUGUAAGCUUAUCUGAAAAUGGACCUUUGAUCUCAUGGAAAACCAAAAUGCAGCCCACUGUGAGGUGGAGUACAUGGCGUUAGCGUCUACUACAGAAGAGGUUUGGUACCUAGUUCAGCUGUUAGAGGGCAUUGACAGACAUCAAUACCAGGAGCCUAAUGUUUAUGAGGAUAACCAAGGUACAAAAGCACUAGCAACAAAUCCUGUGAACAGACAGAGGAGUAAGCAUGUUGACAUCAAAUAUUGUUUUGUGAGGUCAACUGUGGGUGAUGGGAAGAUAAGUUUGAACUUUUGCACAACAAGACAGAUUAGAUGGUAGCAAAUGUGAUGACAAAACCUGCAGCACAGUUUAAGUUGAUUAAGUUUACAAAGCUCAUGUUUGGAAACCAUGUAUUUCAAUUAAUGCGCCUGAUGAAGGUAGAAAACUAUGUUUUUUUGUUGUUUAAGUAUGUAGGCUACCAAUGUGAGAGCAAGUGGGGGUGUUGACAUGUAUGAUCAGUUGCUACACGUGAACCUCCUAAGAUGGCGCAAUUUGAUUGGUUCGCUAUGUCAGGAUGUUGGGCAAUAUCCCAUGAUUGAGAUCUUAAACUCGGGAUAUUGUUUUCAUCGCAUGAUAUUAGAUCUUGUUUCUUUUUGGAGUGUUCGCGUGUAGUAUAUACUAAAACAAUUAUUCACCUCAGGCUCCUUGAAUAGUGGGGAAGAAUAGCCCACUAUUACCCACUAUUCACUUCGCCUUCUGUGAAUAAUUGUUAAAUAUAUGGCCUCCAUUGACACCAUAAGUAUUGUGUAUUCAGCGGCAGCCAAUGAAAUGUCCCUGAAUGAGCAUGUGACCUAGAGGCAAGUUCAACUACACACACGUGUUUAAUAAACUACUCAGUGCCAGUAAAAACAGCACUGAUGCCCCUCUGUGUGUUAUUUCCUCUGUAUAUUAUUUAAGCCUAGCACUGGGUAUGCAAGCGACCGUGGAGCCAACCACCUCUGCUAACAACAAAGGAAACAAAGGUUGUAUGUGAUGCCAGAAAUAUCAUCACCGAAGUGGAGGCAAAGUGGCCGGGGUCUGUGCAUGACGCACGCAUAUUUCAGGAGUCUAAUCUGAGCACUCGCUUUGCCCGUGGUGAGUUAAGCCUAUAUUUGAAGGAUUUAUAAUCCAUAUUUGUUCAGAUGAUUAAUAUUUCACC